CUGCUUCAUUCUCCCCCUUCUGAUUCGGACUUCUUCCUCGCGCUUCCCCAAUCUCGGCCCGGAACGUUGCCUAUUUACUCUGCUGCAUGGGCGCUGCCUGACCUGCUGAGUUCCGCCAGCAUUUUGUGUGUGUUGCUUGGGGAGCUGAAUCCGAGUGUGGGUGGGCAGCGUGAACAGACAGCGGCAGGUUUUCACUUUGAAGAAACAACAUGCUUACAGAUGAGCUCGCUGCGGAGUUUAGGAAAGAUGGCUUUGUUACUAUUGAAGGUUUUAUCACGGUGGAGGAAUGUGAUUCUCUGAGAGCACGGAUAUUAGAGAUUAUUGAUGAGAUGGAUGUCCCUUGCCAUCUUCGUACUGAAUUCUCAACUCGGGAAGCAGAGCAGAUUGAAACACAGGGAAGCACAGAUUACUUCCUGACCAGUGGGGACAAAAUUCGAUUCUUCUUUGAACGCGGAGUGAUUGACAGCAAAGGUGAUCUUCUAAAACCAAAAGAAAAUUCCAUAAAUAAAAUUGGUCAUGCACUUCAUGUCCUGGAACCUAUGUUCAAGAAUCUCACACAUUCACACAAAGUGCAGGAGGUGGCCCAGAAGUUGGGUCUACAGGAACCCGUCAUUGUGCAGAGUAUGUACAUCUUUAAGCAACCAGAGAUUGGUGGUGAAGUAACCCCGCACCAGGAUGCCACUUUCUUGUACACAGAGCCUCUUGGGAGCAUUGUAGGCUUUUGGAUUGCACUAGAUGAUGCAACUGAGGAGAAUGGCUGCCUUUGGUUUAUUCCAGGCUCCCACAGAGCUGGUAUUACACGGAGGAUGAUGCGUGGUCAAAAUGGAGAGUAUCCUUUCCUCAAAUUUGUUGGACAGGAGCCUAAUUAUCCAGAUAAUGAAUUCAUCUCUGUUCCAGUUAAGAAAGGUGGACUUAUCCUAAUUCACGGACAAGUUGUGCACAAAAGUGCCUCAAACACAUCAGAUAAAUCACGCCAUUGCUAUACUUUCCAUGUAAUGGAAUCCCGUGAUACUCACUGGAGUGAAGAGAACUGGUUGCAGCCCACUCCAGAACUCCCAUUCCCACUUCUCUACACCUAGCAACUGGGAAUGGACGAUAAGGAAGAGUUGAGCUGAAAUUUUGCUGCUCUGUUCAUUGCAAAUUACAAUCUUUUCUGAGGAGUACCACAUCAUAUUCUGUCUGCGUAACCUCCAUGACAUUGAUUUCUAACUUCUGGCAAGUUCUCCCCCCCUCUCCCUUCUCUCUUCUUUCAUUCCUCAUUUUGGCUGCCUUCCCACCUCUUCUCCUUACUUGCCUAUCACCUCCCUCUAGUGUCCCCCCUUCCUUCCCUUUCUCCCGUGGUCCACUCUCCUCUCCUAUCAAAUUCCACCUUCAGCCACCUUUACCUUUUCCACCUGUUACCUCCCAGCUUCUCACUUCAUCCCCUCUCCUCCACCCACCUACCUUGUUCACAUGGCUUCACCUAACACCUUCUGGCUUGUACUAUGUCUCCUUGCCCCACCUUCUUAAACUGGUUUCUGCCCCCUUUCUUUCCACUCUUGAUAAAGAGUCUUGGCCCAAAGCAUCAAUUCUUCUUUCCUUUCCACUGAAGCAGCCUGACCUGCUGAGUUCCUCCUGCUUAUUGUGUGUGAUACAAUCUUUUUAAAUUGUAUUCUAUAUGCAACAUGGGAAAUAUCCUGAUCUAUUGCUUAUAGGUAAAGGUAAAAUAAAACAAGUUCCUGAGACUGCCUUUCUUUGCUUUCA